GCGGGAAGUGCGUGAACUCUCGCGAGACUCGGAAGUGGAGCAGUAGGGUGAGUGAGAUGUUCCGCUGAAAGCUGCUUAGUCGAGCGUUUGACGCUUCCUUUAACGCGAUGCGACGAACUGAACCCUAGUUAUCAGCAUGAAUCAUAAAUAAACGCGUGGAAACCUCCGGAAGGAUCAGUAAUGGAGGUCAACGCGAGCUGUGCGUCUCCGAAAGAGGAGGGCGAGCUGGAGGACGGGGAAAUCUUCGACGACGAACCGCAGAGGCAGAACGCGCGGCCUCCGCGACGCGCCCGACCCAACCGGCCCGCGAUGAACAAGAGAGCGCGUUUACCGGGGCCAGGACUUAAUAACAGCCUCCCGGUGCCGCUGAGAGUCGUUCACCCGCCCUUCCCCUCCGGCCUCCGGCAGGCGUUCGACUCGGCGCCGCGCUCCGGCUUCUGGGAGCGCAGUCACGGCGCGCUGGGCCGCUUCAGAUACCGUGCGCACCGACCGCCAGACUGGACGCGAGACUGGACGGACCGGUUCCCGGAGAACCACAGCUGUAGAAACGACUCGCCUGGCAGGAAACAGAAAGCUGGCGGCAGAUGUCAGGCGAGGAGGCCGAUGAACAGCGUCCCGAAAGCCGAGGCCACGGACGAGAGCUUCGAGGUCCUGCUCCUGAAGUACAAGCAGAUCCAGCUGGAGCUGGAGUGCAUCCGGAAGGAGGAGCGGAUGGCGCUGAAGGAGGACGAGGAGCCGUCGCCGGCGCCGGCCGUGCCGGAGGAGCCCGUCUCUGCCGCGAGGGAGGAGGAGAAGAAAGCGUUUCAGGCGUUCAACCUCAAGCCGCUCCGGCAGAAGCUCUUGACGCCCGCGGAAAGAGACGCUCUCAACACCAGACCCGCGCCGACUCCGGGCGGGAACGGGGCGGAGAGGGACGCCAGUCCAGAUGACGCUGCGAAGGAGGAGGAGUGUGAAUCGGACCUCAACAUCUCCGCUGUGAGUGACGAGACUCCGGUCGGCCCAGUCAAGACAAAAAUGCAUCUCGGCGUGAGCAGAAGGACAGAACGGAGAGAAAAGAGGGAAGACGAGGACGACCUGUCGGAGCUGCAGCUGCGUCUCUUGGCUCUGCAGUCGGCCAGCAGGAAGUGGCAGCAGAAGGAGCAGCAGGUGCUGAAGGAGAGCAAGGACAAGAUCACCAAAGCCGUCAAAGUGUCCCAGGACAAGAGCGAGGCUCCGGCCGACAGGAACAAGCUGAGCGGCAGAGGAAACGCCCUGUGCAGAUCGCAGGAGGGAGCGAGAGCUGCCAAAGCCACUCCGGACAAGAGCAAAGCCGCCGCUGCCAAGCAGGCGUGGAGGAAGCAGCAGCUGCGCACCUGGAAACUGCAGCAGCAGCAGCGGCAGCAGGAGGAGCAGAGGCACAAGCAGGAGGAAGAGGAGGAGCGGAGGAAGAGGGAGGACGAGAUCCGCAAGAUCAGAGACCUGUCCAAUCAGGAUGAGCAGUACAACCGCUUCAUGAAGCUGGUGGGCUCCAAACAUCGCUCGCGCAGCAAGUCUUCAGACGGAGAUCAGCGGAAACUGGCCAAGCAGAGUCUGGACACGUCAGGAAACCUCUACCAGUAUGACAACUACGACGAGGUGGCGAUGGAGACGGACAGUGAGCCCAGCUCUCCAGCCACGUCACCUUCACAUGAUGCGUUUCCUCUGGAGUCCACACCUCACAGACAGGUAUGUUCAACCCUUACUGGUGGCACAUGAUCAUCGCCUUACUUUAUUCCUGUAGUCUAAAUGUCCUCUGUUCCUGUGACUCAGGGUGUGGCGCAGCAUUAUCUGCAGCAGAUGGAGUUCAUGCGACUGGCUCCUCCUCCACCUCUGCCCCCGCUGCCGCCCCCCGACGAAGUGGAGCAGCCGCCGAAGCCGCCGUUUGCUGACGAGGAAGAGGAAGAGGAGAUGCUGCUGAGAGAAGAGCUGCUCAAAUCGCUGGCCAACAAGCGGGCCGUGAAGGCAGAGGACGCGUCCAGUAGCAGCGGGCCGCCCUCUCCUGCGCUCAGAGCCGUGGUUCAGCCCAGCCCCAGGAACAACCUCGCGGCCGUCAGCCUCAACACGGUCGUCUCGCACCCGCGAGCGCUCAAGUUCGUACGGGGACAUCCCGCGCCCAAAGCCCCGUUUGUGCUGCCUCGACACAAGUCUGUGGUGGUGCGUCUGAACGCGUCUGACGACAGCGACUCCGACGGCGAGAGCUGCAGCCCCGCGCAGAGUGUGUUCGGAGGCCUGGAGUCCAUGAUUAAAGAAGCGCGGAGGACCGUAGAGGCAGCCAAGCCGAAACAUUCAGUGUCAGAAAAGGAGAACAACCCAGUGAAGAGUGCAGAAGCUCUUCCUGAUGUUAAGAAGAUGGAGUAUCGGCUGCUCAGAGACGACAUGGCCAGUCUGGAGAAGCAGAGAUCGGGCCGGCUGGAGUUCAUGGUGGGCGUCCCGUCUCCUGCAGGCUCAGACUCGGAGCUGGAAAUCAUGGGAAGGGUGGCAGAUCUGCAGGAGAAGUUCAGUCAGCACAGAGCGCAGCUGUGUAAAGACGAGGCUCUGCUGAAGCAGCUCCAGCAACAGGAAAUCAAGAAGAAAGAGUCUCUGAAAGUAGCCGAGGGCAAAGUGACGAAACUCAAAGAGCAGCUGCUGGCGUCAGAGAAGAUUGUGAGCGCCAACAGAGUCCUGCUGAAGAAACUACAGGAGCAGGUUCAGAGAGUUCAGCACCGCGUGGCCCUGAAGAAGCAGCAGUCUGUGAAGCUGAAGAGAGAUCUGGUUCAGGCCACACAGAAGCGCGGUUCAUCUGCCGCCAUCUACUCGCCAGUGAAGGUGCGGCGCGUGGAUCACUCGGACAUUCAUUACGCGGAGCUCAUCGCUCAGAAGAAGCGCCUGCAGCAGCUGGAGUCUGAAUACGCCCUCAAGAUUCAGAAGCUCAAAGAGGCCCAGGCGUUACGGCAAGCCGAGCCACGACCUGCCGCCCCGCAGACGCCCGGCACGCUCUACCCGUUACCACAGCCCUCGCUGCACGACCUGACACAGGACAAACUCACCCUGUCCAACGAGGACGUGGAGGCUGAGGAGGACGAGCCGCAGCAGCAGAUUCCUGCCGCGGUGGCGCCUACUACCCGCCGCCGCUCCUUCCGAGAGUCUGGCUCCUUCACCAAACCUAAACUGUGCCAUCCGGAGACGCCCGCUGCUUCACCCAUGCCAGUCAAACACGCUAAAGCGGCGUCUAGCGGCGCAGCCGGUCUGCCAGAGCUGCUACUGGGGCUGAACGUGGAGGACCUGCGUCAGAGGUACACGCAGUGCGCCGGCCUCUCCGAGCUCCUGCAGGAGGAGACGCACUCGCUCCGCUACACCGCGGACCACGCCGAGUCUCCUGCGAAGGUCGUGCAGGUGGACUUCGAUCCGAUGGCAGCUCAUCAGAGCCGAGUGGAGGCUAAACCAGAACCGUUCGGACCGUAUCACAGUCCUUUACUAGUCUUUAAAUCAUACAGGUUCAGCCCGUAUUACCGGACCAAAGAGAAGCUCUCCCUCCGCUCGCUCUCCUACAGCAACGUGAUCGAGCCCAAGAAGUGUUUCUGCCGCUUCGACCUCACCGGCACGUGUAACGACGACGACUGCGCGUGGCAGCACAUGAGGAACUGCACCCUCACAGAGAGCCAGCUGUUUCAGGACAUCCUGUCCUACUGCCUGCCUCUGAUUGGCUGCGCAGACUCCAGCAGCACCAGUGACAUCAGCAGCGCCACAGAAAAAUACAUCAAGAAGCUGUUUGGGGCCAAUAAGGACCGGAUGGGGACGGACCAGAAGGCCGUUCUGCUCGUGAGCAAAGUCAACGAGAGACUGAAACACAUUCCCCCCUUCACCACAUGUAAAUCUCAGAGGAAGUGGAGACCUGAAGCUCAGAGAGUAAAGACUGCCGGUCAGGACGAUGAAGAUCACACCAGCGUGGACGUCACCGUUCCUGUCCGACACGAUGGGCGCGUGCAGGAGCGCUGGUCGUGGGCCGAUGUCUGCGUGACGCAGGAUGACAAGCGGUACUUCGACAGCGAGACGGAUGACAUCAGUAACCUGGAGACCAGCGUGCUGGAGAGUCCCAACGACGUGCAGCUGUGGAUCAAAUUGGCCUUCAAAUAUCUCAAUCAGAAGGACACCUCUGUGUCGGAGUGUCUGGACGCGGCGCUGAACACGCUGUCCCGCGCGCUGGAGGACAACCGCGAGCAGGCCGAGGUGUGGUGUCACUACCUGACGCUGUUCUCGCGCCGGGGCAGCAGGGAGGAGCUCCAGGAGAUGUGCGAGAUGGCCGUGGAGCACGCGCCGCACUACGACGUCUGGUGGACUUACAUGAGCGUGGAGAGCGCCUUCGAGGGCAAAGAUUUCGUGUGCGGCCGUCUGAUCUCUCACCUGCUGGAGGCGUCACAUGACCUCAGGCCAGACGUGCGCUCCUUCCAGCUGCUGGAGUCGCUGCUGUUCAGGGUUCAGCUCAGCGUUCACACGGGCGGCAGCACAACGCUCUCAACAUACUCAAGGUCUCCGUCAGCCAGAGAUUCACUUUCAAGUGCGCUGGAUUCAAGUGUUGCGGAUCAUUUGACUGUGCCGGACCGUUGUCUGAUGUGGCUGUCGUACAUCUACCUGACUGAGUUCUGCCGUCUCCCGCCCUCUCUGUAUGACCCUGCCAGCUCCAGCCCGUCCAGAAUGGUGUGCACAGAUGCGUUCCUCAUUCCCUGGAGAACGGCCACCCGCACGCCCGCCGACACCAUCAUCAGCCUCUUCACAGAUGCUGUGAGCCGCUGCACAGAUGAGCGCUUGUCCUCCAGUGAGCAGAUCCAGGCCUGUUUCCCCCUUCACUCAAACCUCAUUCAUCUCUACAGGCGGCUGGACAGAUGUCAGGAGGCUGUUGCGCUGUGUGAGCGUCUGCUGGCAGUGUGCCCGCUCUACUGCCCCCUGCUGGAGGUCACCGGUGAAGUGCAUGUGUCCUCGGGACAGGCAGAUAAAGCUGAGGCCCUGUGGACACGCGCUCAUUCUGACAGCGCCAGCAGCGCUCGUAUAUUCUACCAGCUCAGCAGGUGUUUGCACUCUCAGGGGAAAUGCAGUGUUCUGGAAGAGCUCUUUGACAAGUUCAUGCGCUCUUUCUGUGAAUCUGUGCCAGAUCAGCUGAAGUCUCUAGAUGUACUACGCCAUGUUCUUGGUGUUCAAACUCAAGACUUGCUGAAAGCUCCAACCCUCAAAGAUCAUCUUCAGCUUGAGAUGGUGGAUCAGCUGCCAUACCUGCACUUCCUUCACUGUUUCUGGCAGUCUACCUUUGGCAGUGUGAGAGAGGCCAUCGAUGCGUUUGAGAAAGCUUUGGGAACUAUUACAAAGUUGGAGUUAAUUCACACACUCUGGCUGGACUAUCUGUCCUUCUCCAGCAGUAAGAUGUUGGGGCUGCAGCCGAGUGUUCGUGAGCUGAAGAUGUUCACAGGUCUGGUGCACCGCUGUCUGGAGACUGUGCCAACCAGACUCACCCUGCCCUUCAGCUCCUCACAAUACUGGAGCAGCUUCAGUUUCCACAACAAGGUCAUAUCCUUCUGUUUGGGAUGUUUCCCUCAAUCCCAACAUUCCCUUGUCCUGGAAAGACUUCAGCAUAUCAUGCCAACCAAUACUGAACUGGCCAUAAGGUUGCUGCAGCAGGAAUGGCAGGAUGGCAAUGUUGAACAUUUUAAAUUGCAAAGCAGAAUGUUGUGCAGUAGCGUCCCAACCUGUCUGGCCAUCUGGAAAAUAGCUAUUGCGGUUGAGAAGGAGCAAAGGCAAAGAGCAGAGGUCCGGCGGCUCUAUCAGCAAGCGCUCCAGAAACUGCCCCUGUCCGCUGCUCUCUGGAAAGAUUGUUUGCUCUUUGAGGCGGCUGAAGGAGGUAAAACUGACACACUGAAAAAAAUAAUUGACAAGUGCCAAGAGGUGGGAGUGAGUCUAAAUGAGCCGCUAGGGUUAGAGCCGAGCCAAACCGAGUGACACGAACACCACAUUCCCAGAGCAAGAGUACAUGCUUCCAUUAGACCAGCCAAACUUCCACAGAUACGCAGACACAGGUUCAUAUAUUAGACUCGUAUUCAGUAUUAAGAGCAGGAGUCCAGUCGAGACACUGAGCUACCAGUAAUCCAGUAUGUGGGCCUCUUUUGUCAUCAUGUACGUAAGUAUAAAUUUGUUGACGAUACCUGUUGUUUUUGAUUUGCGUGUUCCAUUUGUACACUAACACUUUUAAUUUGAUUUUUAUUUUUCUUUAACGUUGCGUCAUGGUUGUUGACGGACUGUGACUGUUUUUAAAGGUGGCUUGCCUCCUUCCUCUAAAAAUACUUCAGUUUGGGUUUUUUCUCAUGGUGUCUCAACCAUGUCUCGUGAAUAUGAACUCCGUUGGAGAGUUUAAGGGCUCAGCACCAAGUGUUUUUUUUUUUUUUUUUUUUUUCCUCCUUUUGUUUUGGUUUUUUUUUUUUCUACUCCUCCUCCAACCAUGGAUUAAAUGGCUGUUAUUGGAAGUAUUGUUUGGCUCACCAGUGUCGGUAUAUUGAUGGAAACUUCUCCACAGACUGCCAAAACUCGCCGACACUCACCAUGUCUGUAGUCAUGGACUGCGCCAAAAGACCUCAUUCAACUGUUCAUGUAAUACUGUUUCUUCAUAAAUUAAAAAAUCCAUGUUUGUAUGUGUUUGUGCGUGUGUGUGUGCGUGGAUAUAUGCACACACACACACGCACGUUGAUUAACGUAUUCUGCAGGAAUGAUUAUCUUACACCUGUUUUUUUCUUUCAAUUUAUAAUUGAACAAUGUUUCUAUUAAAUUAUUUUGUACAGAAA